AUGCAUCAGUGCAUGGUGCUCGUAACAUCGUGUCAUGGUUGGGACAUAACGACUGUAGAAGGAAUUGGAAAUCGCCUUACUGGAUAUAAUAAAAUACAGACUACACUCGCGGAAUACAAUGGAACUCAAUGUGGUUACUGCACCCCGGGAUGGGUCAUGGCAAUGCACAGUUUACUUCAAAGCAGAAAAAAGCUCACUAUGCUUGAGAUUGAACAAUCGUUUGGCAGUAAUAUCUGCCGAUGUACGGGAUACCGGCCAAUCCUAGAUGCUUUUAAAAAGUUUGCAGUAGACGCUCCUGAGUCUGAUAGAAUAACUGAUAUAGAAGAUCUACAUAUAUGUAAGGGUAAAGAUGGAGGAUGCAGGAAAAGUAAAUGCGUGGACUAUGAUUGGUGUAUGGUGUCAAAAGAUGAAGUUGAACAAUUGUCCGUUAUACACAUAAAGUUAAUAGACGGUAGAGAUUGGUACAAAGUGUUUGAUUUGAGGGACGUAUUUAACAUAUUUCAAACUAAGGGCGAUGAUUCAUAUAUGUUAGUUGCUGGUAACACAGCUAAAGGAGCCUAUCCAAUAGACGAAUAUCCUCGAGUAUUGAUUGAUAUCACAGGAAUAUCAGAACUAAAGGGCUUCCUGAUAGACCAAAAUUUGAUUCUUCGAGCUGGAACAACUCUUUCUGAAGCUUUAAAUAUUUUUAAAUUGUUGUCUAUCGAAAACUACUAUUUUAAAUAUUUAGAAAAAUUCUACGACCAUAUAAGUAUGGUGGCGCAUAUUGCCGUAAGAAAUAUAGGGACAAUUGCUGGGAACCUAAUGAUAAAACACCAACAUCCUGAAUUUCCCUCUGAUUUAUUUCUUCUGUUUGAAACUGUCGGCGCACGACUUACUAUUUUAACGCCUUCAGAAAACAAAACGGUGACAAUGCAGGAUUUUCUAAAAGAAAAUAUGCGCGGGAAGAUUAUUCUGAACGUACUUCUACCACCGUUGUCUACUCAAUGCCAAUUGGUCACUUACAAGAUAAUGCCACGGACGGAAAAUGUUCGUGCUAUAGUGGAUGCUGCAUUUCUCUACAAACUCGAUAAUUGGAAUAAGGUGCUAGAAUGUAGAUUGACUUUUGGUGGUCUUUCGCCAACAUUUAUCAGAGCUUAUAAAACUGAAAAGUUUUUGGUCGGAAAGUUUUUGUUUAGAAAUGAGACUUUACAAGCUGGGAUUAAGAUCUUAAAUAGUGAGCUGAUUAUAACAAGGGUUCGACCAGAACUUUCCAUAGAGUACAGAAGACGUCUUGCUAUUGGAUUAUUUUAUAAAGGAUUACUUUGUCUAUGUCCUGCUAAUAUAAUUGGUUCAAGAUACAGAUCUGCAGGGAUAAUAGUGCAUGAUACACGACCAGUCAGUCAGGCAAGUCAAAUUUUCGAAACGAAUCCAUCAUUGUGGCCUCUAACAAAACCUAUUCCGAAAAUAGAAGCGUUGAUCCAGUGUUCUGGUGAGGCUGUGUAUACAGAUGAUAUACCACCUUAUAAAGAUGAGGUUUUUAUAUCAUUUGUGUUGAGCACAGUACCUGUGGGGACUCUAAAUUUUAUUGACACUACUAAAGCUUUGAAAGAACCAGGUGUGAUAGCGUUUUAUUCUGCAAAAGAUGUACCUGGAUUAAAUUCGUUCACACCGGCCGGUAGAAGAAUAUUUUUAGCCAAUGAAGAGAUAUUUUGUAGCGGUGAAGUGAAAUAUUACAAUCAGCCGAUUGGAGUAAUUGUAGCAGAAACGCAACAAAUUGCUGAUAGAGCCGCAAAACUAGUAGUCGCUUCCUACAGUAAUAUAAGAAGACCGAUCUUAGAUGUUAAGGAAGCUAAGAAUGAUCCGGCCAGAACCAGUCUUUACUCAUCUAAAGUAGCAACAAAAAGAGGUUCAGAUGUUGUAAAAGUAAUAAAUGGAUCAAUGGCUAUAUAUCAACAAUAUAACUUUUGUAUGGAAACUUUGACAAGCAUUGGAGUACCAAUAGAAGAGGGAUUAGAGGUUCAUUCAGCUACACAAUAUACAGAAGGAAUACAAGUUAUGACAUCUCGUGCUUUGAACAUUGAUGAAAAUAGGGUGGACGUGUACGUUCGUCGUAUUGGCGGCGCAUAUGGAUAUAAAAUUUCUAGAAUAAUUCAAGGAGCUGUAGCAGCAAAUUUAACGGCUCUUAAGUUAAAUCGGCCAUGUCGGUUUAUUCAGCCUUUGACAACUAAUACCAAAGCUGUUGGAAAAAGAUUGCCGUGUGCCACAGAGUUUGAGGUAGGGGUGAAUGCAGGAGGUGUUAUUCAGUACUUGAAUUGCAAUCUGUAUACUGAUAAUGGAUACAUACUUAAUGAACCCCUUAUCAUGCUUGGCACUUCAGUAAACAAUAAUUGCUACGACUUAUCAACUUGGAAUUUUAAAUCAUUUAACACUGUUACUGAUACUGCCUCUAAUUCUUGGUGUCGAUCCCCAGGCACAUUGGAGAACAUUGCAAACACAGAGCAUAUAAUGGAGAGAAUUUCCUACGAAAUGUCCUUAGAUCCGAUUCAAGUUCGAGUGGCUAACUUGGAUCCUGCUCAUCAGAGUGCAAUACUGGAAAUGUGGGAUAAUUUAAAAACAAAUGCACAGUACGAUGCAAGAAAGAAAUCUGUAAAACAGUUUAAUGAAGAAAACAGAUGGUUGAAACGGGGGCUGAGGGUCGCUUUUAUGAGGUGGAGAUCAGAAUCCCCUCUAGUCAUGACUGCCAAUUUAUCCGUGUAUUUCGGAGAUGGGAGUGUAGCUAUUACGCACGGUGGGGUUGAAAUGGGCCAGGGUAUUAACACGAAAGCUGCUCAGAUAUGCGCCUAUUUUCUAAAAAUACCACUAAGCAAGAUUCAGGUAAAAGGACAAAGUACUAUUUCUUCGCCUAAUGUGAAUGAAUCUGGUGGAAGUGUUACGUCACAGAACGUAGGGUUAAGUGUUCAGAGGUGUUGUGAAGAAUUACUUAGAAGAUUGGAACCGAUUAGGCGGCAAAUGAAUAAUCCUUCUUGGGAGGAACUGAUCGAAAAAGCACAUAAUUCAAAUGUUGACUUACAAACUAGAGGCUUUGUUAGCUCAGCGGAAGCAGUUUUUUAUGAUAUUUAUGGCGUAAUAGCAGUUGAAGUAGAAACUGAUAUAAUUACUGGGCAGUGGGAAUUAAAAAGAGUCGAUCUUUUGGAAGAUGUAGGUCAAAGUGUCAGUCCUGAAGUAGAUUUGGGCCAGGUCGAAGGAGCAUUUGUUAUGGGUUUGGGAUAUUGGACGUGUGAAAAAUUAGAGUUUGAACCAAAAACCGGAGAAGUGCUCUCAGAUCGCACAUGGAAUUAUUGGGUGCCUCAAGCAAGGGAUAUUCCACAAGACUUUCGAGUUUAUUUUCGAAAGAAGUCAUAUAACUAUGAAAUCUAUCUUUGUUCUAAAGCUACUGGCGAGCCCGCUACAAGCUUAGCUGUAGCAGUACCUUUUGCUAUGAGAGAAGCCAUUGCUUCGGCAAGGUUCGAUUCUGGGAUUUCAACUACAGAAUGGUUCCAAAUUGACUAUGAUGGAAUAGUCUCCCACGAACUAGAGAAAAUGAGGAGCAUAUUGGAAGAGUCGAUGCUGGAAAUGGAAUCGGGCUGUCGUGAGGGCUCUGAACCCAAUGCUGGUGACUUAUUUGGAAGCCAGCCGGGACCUUUGAGAGACGGAUUCAAUUCUUCAUGGCGCCGCGCUGGCAGUCUGCCGUAUCAUAGGCGCCAAGGUUUCUACGGCUGGACGCGCUACUGGCCAAAGUAG